ACCCCUACGUAUUGGUAUAGUCCCGUUUGCUUUUAUUGUCAGACAUUUGUGUUUCAAUUUCACUAUUGUUAUCUUAAAUAAACUGUAAACUGCUUGUUACGACAGAUUGCAAAUCUCAACAAGGAUCAAAUCAAGGCACAGACGGGAGACAUUGGGGCUUUAAACUUUAGAUCUGACAGCUGUCAAGACAGAGACCAUGGCGCUUCAGAUGUCAAAACUUGCAGCUCGUGUUUGGCUCUCCAAAAGCGCUGGGUUCACGUCCAGCGCUGGGAACAGAUGUCCGACUCAUCUCGAUCUGAUGAGCAGACUUGCACUUCGCUCUUUUCAUGCGCUCAAAGCGCGGCCCUCCCCGGGGCUCUUAUGUAAAGCAGACAGGUGGGAGAAGGUUUCCACGGCCUCAAAGUCACUUCACAGGCGGAGUGGAGGGGCUGCUAAGGCUCGCCGCGUCACCGGGGUUGUAGUGGGCGCCGUGGGGGUCUCUGCUGCGGUGCUGGCCUCUCUGAGCACGAGCACGCUGCACGCCAUGAGCGCGCGGCCCGAGUUGAACCUGGAAUCAGAGAGCAGCGACUGGACAGAGGCGAAGAAAAAGCUUUGCUCCAUGGAUAAGGAGAAGAGGAGGAAAACGUACAGGGUUGACUUCAUUCCUCUGGAGAAGAUUCCUGUCUGGAGUCCAUCAGGCGACUCCUCUUGUAAGCUUCGGUACAAAGUCAAUGAAGAGCUGAAUAAGAAAAUAUCCCUCUUCAGUGGUGACAUCACAAAACUGGAGAUCGACGCAGUCGCCAACGCAGCUAACAAGACACUUCUGGGUGGAGGAGGAGUGGAUGGUGCCAUUCAUCGUGGGGCUGGUCCUCUGCUGAGGAAGGAAUGUGCCACCCUGAACGGCUGUGAAACGGGGGAGGCCAAAAUCACCGGAGCCUACGGUCUGCCUGCAAAAUAUGUUAUUCACACCGUGGGGCCGAUAGUCCACGAUUCAGUGGGGGACAGAGAAGAGCAAGCACUGAGAAACUGUUAUUAUAACUGUCUGCACACAGCAACUAAGAACCACCUGCGGACUGUGGCUUUUCCAUGCAUCUCUACUGGAGUGUAUGGAUAUCCACCUGAUCAAGCAGUCGAAGUUGCCCUGAGAACAGUGAGAGAAUACCUGGAGCAAAAUCACGAGAAGCUGGACCGGGUCAUCUUCUGUGUGUUUCUGAAGUCUGACAGAGAGCUCUACGAAACAAUGUUGCCGGCAUACUUCCCACGAGGUUCAACGCCAAAGAGCAAAUUAUGAGGGGAUGGCAUAGUUGCUGUGGAAACGCCACACAAACAGCUGCCUGACACCACCAGAUUUAUUAAUAUCACUAAACCAGUGCUACAUGGAAUUCGAUGAUCGCUAUCAGCUUCCUGUUGGGAGUAUUAUUGCUAUUGGAUUUGUAUUGAUACAGUGUUAGUUAACUCAAAAAUGAAACAUUUACUAAUCUGCAUAGAAUCAUAUACAAAAAUACUGCUUUAUAACAAAUAUUGUUUUUUUUUUCUUUUUCAAGUUGAGUGUCUUUCAAAUCUGUUUAUUGCUUAGGCUGCUCUUGUUGUUUGUCCUUCCAGAAACAAUUUCCUGUAAUUAUGUGAUUUGCACUGCAUUAGCUUUGAAAUUAUUGAAGAUCUCCUAUGUGAGUAUUGUUUAUAGAGUUGAAUAAAAAUUGAAUUAAGGCAAUCAAAGGAAGCAAAAGGCUAUGUCAAUGGUUGUAACACUUAACCUAUAAUGAAAGUGCACUAUUUGUACUUCUUCAAUGUACUUUCUGUCUUCCAGUAUGAUAAAAGACCCUCAUUAAAGUCAACUCCCCUCUCUGAA